GCGCAAGAACGUCACUACACGGAGCAUACGUACUGGCGCUCAGUCGUUUGCUUUUUCUUUGCACCUUUUCGAUUGGCCGGUAGGACGGGGCAGAGGGGAGUGGGGCAAGGCCCCAAAGACCAGCCUCAUUAUUGUCUUUAUGAAACUGGACGCGAUAAGCACCCCAACUCAGGGUCUCCGUCAAGACGAAGCUCCGCAGCAUACAAGCUGACUCUCCCACUCCGUUGUGGUCUUUCUCUCUCCCCUCUCGCUCAGAGAUCACGUCAUUGAACCGCCCACGCAGAUUUCGUCUCGCGCCCAGCGGAUUUUCAGCCUGCAUAGACCAGCUCCGCACCCCGACGGGCGGACGACGGACAGAGACAGAGGAGCGUCUGCAUUGGUACGGCCAACCACAGAGGCGCGCCCACCAUGAAUGGCGGUUCUCGGGGCGGGGUUUCGUCGCCAGGUCAGCAGAAUGCAGCGCAACAGAGUAGCAGUCGGAUGAUGAAGACGACGCAAAGGGGCAGACCAUUUGCAAAGGACACCCACGACCUCUUUGCUACACUCAUCGUCUCGCUCAACCUCACCACGCACCGGCAGUACUUCAAGAGCUAUCCGAACUCCUUUACAACCGAUGAGGCCGCUGAGAACUUGUCUGCGCUCAAGUUUGCCCAGUCCAAUCGAGCCCCUGAUCCGAACGAACCCUCUCGGGUGGUGACGACAACGACGACAACGACAUUUAGCAUGAGCAGGGACAUGGCCAAGAACAUCUGUCAGCACUUUAUGGACGCUCGGCUCAUCGAGAACGCUGCAGACAUGGCCAGCAGCACCUUCAAGGACAAGGGCAUCUACGUUCUGACGCCAAAAGGUCUUCAUAUUCUCGAGCGCUUCAUCACAAAGAACGGCAUCAAUGGCGAGCAGCUGCUCCCUGUCUUUUCGUCGCAACCAAUCUGCAUGAAGCUGCUCCACCUCGAGCGACGGCCAUCGGACGACGAGCUCAUCAUCAAUGCGCCCAUCGUCGAGGUCAUCUUCCGGCGCUUUGUGGGCAUCAAGCCCAACUACCCGCCAGACUCGGACGGCGAGAGCGAUCCGAAUGAAGUCCAGCCUCUAGAUCGGACAGCAGGCAUUGAGAUGAUGGAUCUGCUGGACAAUGGCACAAAAAAGACCAAAUCGUUGCCGACAAAGUCGAAUCUCCAUCGCCACGUCUUUACGGCCAUUGCCACUCUCGAUUGGCUGUGCGACUUCACCACCAUCUGCGGGCGUGACGAGGCGGCCGAGGUUGCUGCUCAUUUCGUCAGAAUGGGCUUCAUCGAGCUCAUUGCCGAAAAGCCGAGGAAGGAUGGUGAGGUCAACGAUACCGUCGUAGUGCGGGGGGAGGAUUUGAAUGGUGCUGUUAACGAAGGUGCAUUCAGAUGUCACUACAAGGCCAUCUACGGCAUGACGGACCUUGGGAGAGGCGUGGCUCGCUGGCAGGGCUACGAUCCACACAGUCAAAGCCAGCACUACACAUCGAGUGCGAGCUCGAUUCACCACAGAAGUUCGCCCAUCCCUGGCCGAGGCACCGACUCGCCCCACGGCGACGACAGCAGGAGCGUGAAUUCGUCGUCGCAGCAUUAUUAUGAUCUGCGCGGUGCUGUUGGCAAACAGCAGGGUGGCGACUCGUCUUCGCAGGUUGGCGCUCCCUCCAACUCCAGCGGCUCUAUCCAUGACCGCCAGGGCAUCCCCGGCAGGACGAGCGACAAUGAUCGCUCACUCCACCGCCAGCCUUCCACCUCUGAGAAGUUCAGAAAUGAUUAUGCGGGCGCUCACGCAGGUCCGUUCAGCGGGAGCAGUGCAACCGACACAUCAUCGUACAAUUCCCGGGACUCGAAUACAAACCGGCUCAAGCAGAUUCUUGAGGAGCCUGCGCUGCGGUCCCUCUUUCGUGAAUUCCUCAAGGCCAACAUCUGCGAGGAAAACCUCAGCUUCUGGCUCGAUGUACAAGACUUCAAGCGUCGCUUCCACACGACGAGCAGCGCCGUUGCUGUGCGAGGAUCCGGCGAAAGGGAAGGUGCAGCGGCGGGAAACACCAAGCAGGGUGGUGGCGUUGGAGCCGUCGUCAAGAAGCUGGGGCGAAGCCAGACGACGGGCGCAAAGGAGCAGACGCAGUACGGCCUCACGGCCAUGGAACGGCAUCAACAAGAUCUCAUUGCCAUGGCCUUUGUCAUAUACACGACCUACCUCGCCCCGUCGUCCCAGUACGAGCUCAACAUCGAGCACAACAUCCGCCAGGAGCUCGUCAACUACAUGAGCCGGAUCUUGAGCGAGGCCAAGGAUCCAAAGGGCGAGGGUGUCGAGAAGAUCAACGCAAAGGACCUAGCUCAGCGCAUGGCGGCCAAGACACCUGGAUCAGACAUGCGCAAUGGCGCAGCCACUGCAGAUGAUCAACGGUCAGAAGUGCAGGCCGUGGUGCCCAAGGCGCCGAUGCAUGCGUCGCAACUGCAGACGAUGGUGCGCCUGUACGAGCGCAUACAAGACCACAUCUUUCGCCUUAUGGCUACGGACUCGGUACCCCGCUUCAUCAAGACGCCCUCGUUCCAGAGCCUGGUACGAAGCGUCGAGGAGUACUCCGAGGCCCUCGAGUCGGGCCGGGUGGAUCCCCGUGUACACAUGGGUCCGGGCAUUGACAAGUCAGUCGUCGAGGCACUGGAUCUCGGCUCGGGAGGCUCUGGAGGUCCCCCUUCCGAUGUCCCCUAUACAGUGUCACCGCGAAGCCAACGAGUCACGUCGCCCUCGAAGGGCAGCAACAGCCGCUGAGAUCCGCUUCAAUCUUCUUUUUACUUUACCAUUAUUACCCCCAUAAUCAUUCUCCACUGUCUCUCUCUCCUCUCUCUCUUAACCGUUCU